UAGAUUUUUGUGUGUGUGAAGCUCUCUCUCCUUAGGAACCUUGUGUGUGUAUGACUUACUACUACUCGUGUGUGUGUAUGACUUACUAUUACUCUUGUGUCUUUCUAAACAUUCUCAACAGCAACAAUAGCAAUUGCCAUGAAGCCACCCUCCCCCAGGACCAUUUGAAGAGGAUUCAAAUGUUGGCGUCCCAUCCCGCUCACCGACAGUGCCCACCUCCGAAGCCACGCUGGGACAGCAGCAGCAGCAUGAGAAUUGCGUUGUGGGAGCGAUCGUCCUCUUGACACUGAUCGGCGUGGAGCACCCGCAGCCGAUUGAUCGCGGUGAAAUGGGAUCCGGCGCUUUCGGGAUCCGCGUCUCCCUGCGAUGGAUUCCUACUGCCCCAGCUGCUCGGAAGCGUGCAUUGGAUACUGAAUGGAAUGCUGCAGCAGGCGGCGAUUUCCUUUCUAAUUGAGUAAGAAUUCAAUGUGUUGGUCGAGGUUGAAGUCGCUGCAGCAUCCGCUGCCCUAUUUUUUGGAUUCAGCUUCUCAAUUUCAGAACUCGACACAAUUUCGGGAAGAAGAACGCGCAAAUACUAAUGGCUCACCAGAGGGAGAAUGGCUGAGACUAAGUUUUGCUACAGAGACCUCGUCACUUCUCUGGCGCUGGUGUUGAUUGGAAAGAGCAAGAUUGCAACGUGAGGCGCAACCGUGAUGCUCUGCUAUUGCUUCCAUUUGGGGUUGCCCUGCUCCAGGCACAGAUGCUUUCUGUGUUUGUUUUGUUUCUCUUUAUACUUGGAUCUGCUUGGUCGUUCUAGGGUUAUCGCUUGAAGGAUUGUUCUCUAAACACAGGAUUCGAGAACGGAUGUUUGAGUACUCAUAGCGGCUGAGGGCUCUUAUCAAUCUCAAUCUUGCAUAGCUGGUCUAAGGGAUGGGGUUGGGUUGUUCUUCUGUGAUUUCGUCAUUUACUGAGAAUUCCUUCUAUGUGCUGUAGAGCAUUUUUCAACUCGGCCAUAUCUUUGAAGGUAUUAGAUGCUAUGAUCUCUUCCUGAAGUCGGUCACCUGCGAGGAAUUCUAGGUUCUUCAGGCGAGCUUUCAGCCGUGUUGGAGAAUUCGAAAUUCGGAUCUCCCAGAAUGAGCAGGGUAAUCCAUCGCCUUGCGACUACGAUUGGAUUGACAUUUUGACUCUUUCGUAUGCCUCGUAGAAGCGCACACCGAGCUGAGGAUUGGGUUACUGAGAUUGACCUCCGGGAGUUAGGAUCUCUAUUAUUCGGAAAAUUAGGGUUCCGGUGGUAAUCCAUAUUGAGUACAAUUGGUCUGCGCUGAAUUGUUUAUCUUGAUUUAGGCCGUCUUCUAGAGAAAAUUGCUGUACCAUGUUGAUGAAUUUGGCUCUUGCCUAACGAAAUAUCAGACUUGAGCAUGGGGGGUGUCAUCGUUGGAACCUACUUCCUCUCUAUAUUCGUCGCUCUGUUGCUGCUUCCGAGCACUUUUGCCGAGUUGAAUGAGACUCGAUAUGAUUUGCGACACUCUCGCUUCAAGAUCGUUGAUGAGAGCGAGAGAGAAGGAAGCAAUGGCCUUGGAGGAGAGAUUUCAGAUUCACGGAAAGAAACAAAGAACAUCCCAGUUGGGGGUAGCGACUUAGACGUGGCUGGGAUUAUGAUCACACCCUCCGAAUCCGGAUUGAACUACGUGAAGGAAGUACUAGUUGAUCAAAUCCUUCAAGAGAUAACCCCUCUUGCAUUACCCGAUAUCAAGGCACACGUCGACUCCCCCAUCGGCACAAUCGACACGCGAAUUUCCCACAUCGAGCUCUCUGGGGCAAAUGUCUCGUAUUCGGAUGUGGAUCUUGGCAAGACGGGCAUCACCGUAUUCGCAGGCGAUAUCCAGGCCCGUCUACGCCUACACUGGUACUACGAAUACUCAGCCGCUUAUGUGCCAUUUCCUAUAAACGACGGUGGAUGGGCAGACGUGGAGGUGAAUGGUAUGCAAGCGGGCGUGACGUUCACCCUUACAACACAUAACGGGACGCUACGGUUGACAGUCGUGGAGUGUGGAACCUUCAUCGAUGACCUUGAUAUUGAAUUAAAUGGAGGUGCAUCAUGGCUUUAUCGGUGGUUUGUGUAUGCCUUUGAUGAGGAGAUCCGUGCAGCAAUUGAAACUGCAAUUUCAAAUAAAAUAGUCGCGAGCGCAGAGCAGUUGGAUAAUUACCUCCAAGGACUUCCUCGAAACUUACCCAUAGAUGAUGUCUCUGCUAUCGAUGUAACCAUUGUGGGCGAUCCUCUGGUGAGCCCGACGUUUCUAAGCGUAGGAGUGAAAGGCGAGUUUACUUCCCUCCUGAAACCAAUAAACUUCACAGACCCGGAUCAUGGAUUGGAACCCGGACUCUUCUGCAGUGACUCCACCAAGAUGGUCACCAUUGCUCUCUGUGAUUACGUUAUCAACUCAGCAACCACAGUGUAUUUUGAGGCUGGGUUUCUGGAAUGGUUAGUGGAUGAGCUUCCACAAGAGUCGUGGCUCAACACACACUUCUGGCGAUGGCUCAUACCCCAAUUGUACAAAAAGUAUCCAAACAUGGACAUGGCACUGGACUUUGCGUGCUCGACACCACCAACAGUUCAGCUUCAGAGGGAUGGUGCAACUGCGAAUGCUAUGGCUGAACUGAUAUUGUUAGUGAAAACUGAUGAAAAACCUCUGCCUGUUGCCUGCAUAUCUUUGGCAUUAUCCAUGGAUGCGGUCGUAAAUGUUGUGGGUAACAACAUCACGGCUGAAGCUACUCUCAAUGACCUCAGCCUCGAAUUGAAAUGGAGCGACGUCGGCAAUUUCCCCGUCAACCUCUUGCAGCCUACACUGCGGACGGUCAUUUCAAGGGUGAUCCUUCCCAUUUUGAACAAAAAAAUGAAACAUGGCUUUCCCUUGCCAGUGCUGCCUGCAGUCGACCUAGAAAAUGCUGAUAUCCGAUAUGAGGAGGGCCACAUCCUCAUAUGUAGCGAUGUGUACUACAAGGGUGGUAUAUUUACUCCUCCGCCUGCGCCGCUUUAGAAGCAGACGGGCCAUCGUCGCCAUCCUGGCAUAUGUAAAAUUUCACCCAGAUUAGAGCUCGAAGGAUUAUGUGUCAGAAUGUCCCUAUCGCAAUGCCAUGCCGCCAGAUCAAGGCUUCAGAUACAUCCUUUGCUGGCUGUUGUCAGUCUUAACUCCUGGCAUGCUACUGCCCUGAGCACCACAGGUAACCCAGAACUGUUGUGCAGCAUAAGUUCACAUCACCACCCAGGCGUGGCACAUGUUGGAGAUGUGCGACCCAAACGAGGUUUGGCACCCUCACAGACGUCCUCACGUUGUUCCAUUCUUAGUGAUAUCUCCCCGUGCAGGUCGUUCUCUCAGCUACCUCAAUACCAACUGUAUUCACAAUCACUUAUCGAGCUGCUCUGUUCUACCCAGAGAUUACCAACUCCAUCAAACACCCCAACUGUCAAUGUGGUUCCUUCUACAACCUGAUCGUCCAGAUUCCACUGUCUGAAGGUAGGAGAAUGGUUUUCGGUGAAUGUGUUUGUGUAGGAUCUGAGACAUGUGGUCAUUGGUUGGCAAAUUCAUUGACCGUGGGUGGUAGUAGAAUGAACCUUCAUUGUUGUAACCUUCAACUUGCAAAACAUGUAUCUAACUUGCAAUGAACGUUUCCAA